AUGGUGGGCAACACCGUUAUCAUUUUGGUGACCCCACCGGUUCUCCGUCUCCAUAUACCCAUAUACUUCUUCCUGUCUCACCUGUCCCUCGUGUGCCUCUGCUUCACCACUAGCAUCUUGCCCCAGCUUCUGCAGAACCUCCGGGGUCCCUCCAAGACCAUUACCGUGGUCAAUUGUGGGGUCCAUCUGUAUGUCUCCCUGGCCCUGGAGUCGAUGGAGCGCGUCCUGCUCACUGUCAUGACCUUGGCCUAUCAUGCUGCCAUCUGCCAACCCCCUCACUACACCAUUGUCAUGCACCCACAGCUCUGCCGGGUCCUGGUGGGCUUAGCCUGGAUGUGUGGGGUGGGGGACACCGUGAUUCAGGUUGCAGCCAUCUUCCGCCUGCCCCACUGUGGACACCAGCGGCUUCACCACUUCCUCUGUGAGAUGCCCGCCAUGCUCAAGCUGGCAUGGUCCAUUGUCUGGGUUGUGCUGAAGGUCACGUCACCCCGGAUCUGGAGGGAGGCCCUGGGAACCUGCAAGUCCCACCUCUUGGUGGUCACUUUCUGCUAUUGGUCCACCACAGCGGUCUACAUCUGGCCCAACAGCUCCUUCUCUGGGACUUUGGACAAAUUUCUGACCUUCUACAAAGUGGUCACCCCCACCCUCAACCCGCUCAUCUACACCCUGAGGAAGAAGGACGUGAAGGGGGUGGUGAGGAGGAUUCUGGGAAAAGAUCAGAGUUCAGAAAAGGCCUAA